UUUUUUGUUGUUUUUUGUUUUUUUUUGUCAAAGUAGCGGAGCAAUCUUUGUUUUCUUUUCCCAAAUCUGCUUUCUUGCAGUAAAAGACAAAAAGGGCUGUACAUAACAUAUAGAAUGUACAUAGGAAGGAAGACUAAGAUAUGCUUAGAUUGUUGCCUCAAAUUUAUUUUGAGGUCAGGAGAGAGACUUUAUUUCUGUGUCAGUAACUAAUGAAGAGUUCUGACUGGAUAGCUAUUGAAUGAUGGAAAGACCCACGUAAUUUUUGUCCUGUAAUCCACAGCUGUAACAGUAAAGAGAAACAAGCUCAUAGGUGUUCACUGUUGGUGCAGGUAUUAGACCUAGAACUGAUACAUCAGCAUACUUAAGUGUGUAUUAGCUUAAUUUUGUAUCACAUGUGUGAAGUUUGAACAGCUAUUGCUUGAAACAUUGAUGGAAGUAGAUAAUAAGGUAGUGUGAACUAUUAAAUCAAUAUAGAUACAGAGAACAGUUAUUCUGGAAUGCUCAGAACAAGAUGGAACUAAUUGUUUAGGCUUGAAUAAUUACCAGGCAGCAUGAAUACACUAAGAAAAGGGUGUUGCUUCUUUCUUGUAUUAAAGAAAUUACCUGAAAGGAAGGAGCUCAAGAAGUGCCAAAACCAACACCUUGUCUACCCACAUGGUGAAAAGGGGACAUCUCCAGAAAUGAGGCAUGAGUGGUGAGGAAAUUCAAGAGUCCCUACUGAGUUUUUGGUAUUACUCCAGAAAAUGAAUUCUGCCAAAGUACAGGGUUUUGAAGAAGAGCAAUAAUAUGAGUAGAAGAAAAAGUUCUUCUAUGAAAUCUCUGGUAAGACCAAGACUUCAGUUUCUUAGGAAAGAAAAUACAAAUAUUGAGUCUUUAUAAAAUUAAAUGAGUGCUGUGAAGCAAGUAGGAAAGUCGAGAGACCUUGUUCUGUCUUGUAUUACAGGUAUACAGGGACAAACUAAUGAAGCUGAAAGGGAUUACAUUUAAAAUGAACCAUACUUCAUGCUCAGUUCAUGAUUAUUUAGAGAUGAGGGUGAAACUUGAGGGGGCAGUCUGUCCUCAUGUUUGCCUCCUGUAACAGUGUUUUUACUUUCUGCAGAUGGCCAGGUAUUGGCCAGUGUCAGAUGGAGGGCAUUAAGGAGGAUGGACUUCUGGUCUGAUCCAGUCUGAGUUAGUGCCAAGCUAUUGAGAGAGUAGAAAAUGGCUUCCAUGCAUGACAAAGUGAAUUAGAAUGUGAUAAGCCUCUUUGAGAGGAAUGAUCUCCUUGAGAAACAAAUGAAAAUCAAGAACUGUAAAAAGCACAAAUUAUAAUAUAAAGCAAUGGGGAGCAUUAUCAAUGAAUGUGUUGAUUUCUUAGCUGUCUUUCAGUGCUGAAGGCUUACUGUAUUUGGUAGUGAGGAAUUGAAAUCUUUUCUGAUCUUGUUAUUUUCUGAUCUUGUUAUAUAUUCUCAAGCAAUUUUAUCAGUUAUAUGAGCUUUGAUAUUAACUUGCUCAAGUGACAUUAUAUCAGUUAUUACUGCUGAACUCCAAGUAAUUUACUGUCAAAAAGCUGUUAAACUGUUACCAUCUAGUCAGUUACAUUUCUCAGUGUAUGAGAUUCUAAGUUUUUUUUCUCUCUGAUGUUUUUACAGUGUCUCUUGGUUGGAGCCUGAGCACUGAAGUCUAAAGUCCUUCAGAGGACAGUCAGUAUUUGUAAGGCUUAGAGAUGAAAGGGAAAUAAGGAAGCAGUUCCAAAAUAUGUGCUGUGUGUCUCUUUCUUUUGCAUAAAGGAGGUACUUGGUUGUACAAUGGAUCUAUCAUUUUUCUCUACUUUUAGGUUUCAUCGGGUGGUUGCAGGAACUAAAAAUGACCUAAAAAUCUAAUACAUUCUCCUGAGAGCCUGAAGGUACAUAUUAAUGUCUGCAUACGUACCUGUAUGAACAGAUAGGCAUACAAAUGCAUGUAUACAUAUACACACACAUUUGCAAAAAUCUGGCCACAUUAUAGGAAGAGAAGGAGUCUUGCUAUCUCAGUUCAUUAUGUAAAGCUAAUGGUAUCUGAAAUGUGACAAAUACUGUACUUUCUGCUCUUCACGAAGUAGAGUGUGACCAGGUAAUGCAUUUUGCUCAUUCAUUCCUCUUUGCCACCCUGCCUCCACACUUCGUAUUUUGGUAACCUUUCGAUAGUCAAAAAAGUUACCUGUCAUUUGGACAGUCUGUACGUGUUGUUUGCCAAAGGUAGCUGUAGCUGGAGUAAGUUUAGAAGGAUACAGGCAGUGGGAAGGACAAGACAAAGGGGUAGAUAUUAGCUUUAUUUUGAGAUUGGGUGUUCCCUGUGAAGAAAAUGAAGAUAUUUUAUGCAAAUAGGUUGUGACUUCACUGAGCAGACAGAUGGCUUCUGAACAAAAGCUGAUGUGACGUAUUUCUUUUUUUUUUUUUUUCCCAGUAUUUUUAAUGGUGAUAAUCAGGCAUUCGAGACAGUUUUUCUUGGAGAAAGUGGUGAAUUUUUGAUCAAGUGUUAUUUUGGUCCUGUAUUCAUGCACAGAACAAACCAGUGGUUACUUGAUGAGUGUUCUUCUGCAGCCUAAUGUGGCUCAUGGAUGGGAGAAUGGUGGGGACAGGGUAUGAUGUAGUACUAUUGACCUCAACAAUCAGAAGGUUUCAUUUCUUGCUGCCAGGACAGUGGAUUUCAAUGUGUGGUCUGCAAGACUGCUGGGGGUCUGUACCCUGUUCCUAAAGAACCAACAGCAGGUGAGAAAAGUAAACCUCUUGCUGACAUUGUUUCAUAGUAGCUUGCACCUCCACUGAAACUUUUAGGGGACUACAAGAUGAAAAAAAAAGAAAACUGCAGAAUACUGAGAAAGCCAGUUACACCUUCUCAGCAAAUGUUUCUGCUCUUAGAGAAGGUAUGGAUUGAUGCAGUCUUUCUUCCACGCUCUCUACUAUAAGGUCAGUCACUUUUUUUUUCUUCCAACCUGUUCAUUGUCAUAUAAUGGGAAUCUUUUUUUACCCUCCUAUUUACUGUUCACUUAAUAGGAGUACAGAAGUGCAAGGUUCUGCUAAUCUGAAUGCAAAUGGCAUCGCUUUUUAUGUGCUCUUGAUGUCAAAGGGCUUGCUUUAGAUGCUCAGCACUGUGUCAAGCUGUUGACUUGUUCCUGCACCCAAAAUAACUUGCUUAUGAGUUCAACAGUUGAACCCAGAUACUUUCAAGUCCUAACUGUGUAGUUAUGUGUAUAUUAAAAGAGAAAAAAUGUAGUAAGUACCUUCUGGGGGUAGGAUGUACAUCUAGCAAGUUGAGAGACUGAUUUAAUAGGGGCUGUCCUGUAAUUUAAGGAAUGGUCACACAGCAGAAGUAUGAAUUUAAAAAUAGCACUGCACGCAGAUUAUGUAAUAGGAUUUUCCGUUACAGCUACUGUAGUCUGAAUUACAUUUAUUUCAAGAGGCAUAAAGUGACAUAGUUCACAGCCCUGGAAUGCAAAACCAGUGUGAAAAGUAGCGGACAAUUAUUCAACAGCUAACUGCACCUAAAAGACUUCACAGAAAAUAAUUUCUAUAGUUUUAGAUGUAACUCUAAGAAGAAAAUUAAUCUAAGGUUAACUUAGGCCAUGAGUUUGUUUGCUUUUAGGUAAAGCAGUAAUAAACAAUUCCAAACAAUGUACAAUUACGGUUAUCUAUGGCUAUCUAGAAAGAUUCUGAUAGAAGCAGACAUCCUCCCAUUUUCAUUCCUGUAAUCUAGUGUUUUAUUACUGGGUGUGCACUACCAAUGCUGGCCACACUCAAAAUGAAUAUACGGAAAUGUGUCUGGUGCUGAAAAGAAAGUGUGAAGAGUUCCUAAAAGAUAACAGCUGUUUGUAUGUUGAAUCCCAGCACUACAGGUCAAAAAGCGUGCAUAGCUGUGCUGUACUUAACCUGCCUUACCACAGUCCAGGUUGCUGUCUUAGGGCUGUAUCUUGAGGGAGCAGUUCCCUAACAUGGAGAUGGCAGCCAGGUGGUAGAUGUACAUGAAGGCAGCCUCUUCCCUGUGUUCAACAAGCCAAAACAUUUGAAAAGGCCGUGAUGUAAGAAAACCACAGUUGCACUGGUGCUGUUUGUAAUUGAGCAUAUUGCUAUAUGUACAUAGCAACUGGUAGGCUUUAUGGGUUUAUACCUGGAGCUAUGAGUUUGCUUCUCUGCUAUGGAACCUAGUGGAAUCAGAUUCAUCCCUUUUUCUGUUUUUCAUGUGUGUGUGGAUAGGUGUGGCACUAGCUAUACACAGGCUAUGAAAAGGCACCGAGGAGUGUUAUGUCCUGCUAUCCAGCAUUUCUUUACUUUUCCAUUUGAGGCCCUAAGCUCUUUUUACACUCUGAGUCGAAAUUGACUGUUCCUGAUCUUCACUCACAAAUGAUCUUUUAAUAAAAAAGUGAACAAAGCCAAAGCCAACCUUUGAGCAAUUUCAGCAUAUUUUUUCCCCUUGUGGUCUAACCAAAUGAUUUAUUUGCUCUCUGCAGACAUAAAUGACUAGGAGUGUGAAACUCAGCUGGGGCUUCUCCUUGUGCAGAGCUCUUACACCUGCACAGGAGAAAUACCCAUCCAUUUGAAAAUGAGGAUUAUAAAAAGCUGGGAGCGUGCCUGUGUUGGACUAAUUCUAUUUAUUCCUCCACAAGAGCCUACAUACGUGCUGGCAGAGCAGGGGCUGGCUGUCUCGAGGCACACUGACAGCCCUCUGAGAUGUACCCCGAGUGCUGGGGCGCCAUUUCCCGAUGCGGGAGGCGAGGGAGGCCGCCAUGCCGCUGCUCUGCCUCAGUUCUUCACAGGGGGAGGGCAGGUGCUGAGGGGCAGUUGGGGACUUGGGGGUGGCUCCAUUCCAGGCUCAGACCCCUCACAAAGUGGAGCAUGGGACAGUGCAAGGCAGUGGCCAUGGGGGCGCUACUGGUGCUGCUGCUGCUGGGCCUGGUGGGGUGCCCCACUGCCCAGGAGGACGAGCCCGGGACGCUGCACAUCACCGGCAUGUGGGUGACGGUGCCGCGGCAGUUGAGCCCCCGUACCGACACCAACCCCCUGACCAUCUCCUACUGGCUGGAGGUGGACGGGCGGCCGCGGAUCCUCCGCCUGCGGCCCAGGAGGGGCCUGGUUUCCCGGCCCUUCACCUUGGUCACGUAUGGCGAGGAUGGGGCGCGCUGGGAGGAGCACCCCUUCGUGCAGGAUGACUGCUUCUACCAGGGCGAGGUGCAGGGAAGCCCCGGCUCCCUGGUGGCCCUCGGCACCUGUGGCAGGGGCCUCCGUGGAGUGCUGUGGGUGGAAGGUGGCACCUAUGAGAUUGAGCCCAUCCCUGACGAUCCGGCCUUUCGGCACGUCCUCUACCGCAUGGAGGCGGCUGACAACCCCAUGGUCCCCACGUGUGGGCUGACCCCAGAGGAACUGCAGCACCAAAAGUCUUUGCUGCCCUGGCUCCAUGCCCCCUUGGUGGAAGAGGAGUACAUGCUGAAGGAAUGGUGGACACACAUCAGGUAUGCGAAGAUAGUGGUGGUCGUGGACAAUGUGCGGUUUGUGAGGUCGGGCAGGAAUGAAUCCGAAGUCUUGAGGCAAGUGAUAGAAGUCAUCAAUAUCGGUGACUCUCUGUAUGAACAGCUUUCCGUUCAACUGUUCCUUGUGGGACUGGAGAUCUGGACCAAGAGUAAUUUUAUAAACAUUACUAACUCUGUAAACAAGGCACUUGGAGACUUCAACAAAUGGCGAAAAUCAGACCUGUAUCCACGGAUGCGCCACGAUACCGCUCACUUAUUUGCAUAUCAGAGCUUUGGAAAAAGCCUGGGGUUGGCAUUUCUGGCGUCCAUGUGUGAUAGCCAGUGGUCAGCAGCAGUUGAUUCCUUCACCAACAGGAAGUUGUCCUCAUUUAUUAUCACGUUUGUACAUGAGCUGGGCCAUAAUCUUGGGAUGCGCCAUGACGAACCGUUCUGCAAAUGCAGGCGGAAGAAAUGCAUUAUGUAUGAAACCGAAGUCGACACUGAUGCAUUCAGUGACUGCAGUUACAAAAACUACUUUGACUUUCUUGGGAGUGGUGCUAGCUGCCUGCGUCAGCCACCGGCACCUGGCAGCUACUACACCUUGAAGCGUGAAUACUGUGGGAAUAAGAUAGUAGAAAGUGGAGAGCAAUGUGACUGUGGUUCACGGUCAAACUGCAGAAAGGAUCCUUGCUGUCACCCUAACUGUACAUUUACCGCAGGUUCAGUUUGUGCUUCUGGAAAAUGUUGCAAGGGCUGUCAGGUCCGUCCAGCAGGAACACUGUGCAGAGCAAGUACUGGCAUCUGUGACCUGCCAGAGUACUGCAACGGGACUUCCCCGUGGUGCCAGCCAGACUUGUACGUACAGGAUGGAACCCCUUGCAAAGAUAAUUCCUAUUGCUAUCGAGGAAAAUGUUCUUCCCACAGUGAACAAUGCAAGCAUCUCUUUGGCAAACAAGCCAGGGUUGCUCCUUUAGAUUGUUUCAGAGUGAAUACUCUAGGUGACCGGUUUGGAAAUUGCGGUAUUCGUAACAAUGUUCAUUUUAUAAAAUGCAGCACUGAGAAUAUGUUGUGUGGUAGGAUACAGUGUGAAAACAUAGCCAGGUUGCCUUUUUUGCAGAACCACAUAACGGUAGUCCAAACCCCUGCUGAUGGCAAAAAGUGCUGGGGCCUUGACUACCACAUAGGGAUGGCUACAGCUGACCUAGGGGCUGUGGAAGAUGGCACGCCAUGUGGUAGUGACAUGCUUUGUAUCAAAAGGACAUGUACCAACAUGUCCGUGCUGAACUACGACUGUAACAUAACAAAGUGCCAUAACAGAGGAGUGUGUAACAAUCUUAAGAACUGUCACUGCAGGUAUGGAUGGGCUCCUCCAGAUUGUGAGUGGGAAGGAUUUGGAGGUAGCAUUGACAGUGGACCUGCUCCAUCCGAGGAGAUUUUUCAGAGAGCAAAAAUAGGAGUAACAGUAUUUAGCUUUCUUUUUCUCUUUGUCAUUGGAGUUGCCCUUACCAUAUAUUAUAAACAGGAAAUAGUGGAAUGGCUUAGGAGGGAAAAGGCCUGAUUCUAUGGAAGAAGAUAGUAGUUCUUCCAAAGCUGUAGCUGUGGCUGCUCCUGGGAAAAUCUCCAAUUGCCCUUGAGCAGAGACAGCCAAUAACUCAUCAAAGUAAUUCAACAUGUUCUGAAUAGUUAUAAUCUAAUAUAAUUUUAUUAAACACAGAGUAAAUGUUAUCUUUGUUUAUUUUAAGUUAAUAAAUGCUGGCAGUAAGGUAUGCUAGUUUUUUGAUAUGCACCUUGAGCUCUCAAAGUAGUUAGGCAAACAGUAGGUAUACCUUUUAUGCUUCAUAUCAACUGUUUACAAAUGUAAACUUUUAAAAACAGGUGUAAAUAAACGGUUUGCUCUACUUUA